CUUCCGUGUGACCAUCUCGGAAAACUCGAUGAUUUGUGUUGAUGUGGCUCAGAGCUGUAGUUCUUAACUCACCGUUAGCGGUUUCCAGGAAAUAUGGACAACUCGGGCAAAGAAAAAGAAGCCAUGGCUCUAAUGGCAGAAGCCGAAAAGAAAGUCAAAUCAUCGCAGUCUUUUUUCGGCUCCCUGUUUGGGGGUUCUUCAAAGAUGGAGGAAGCUUGUGACAUGUAUGCCAGGGCAGCCAACAUGUUCAAGAUGGCAAAGAACUGGAGUGCUGCUGGAAAUGCUUUCUGUCAGGCAGCACUGCUUCACCUACAGAUUCAGAGCAAACAUGAUGCAGCAACAAACUUCAUUGAUGCAGGCAAUGCCUUUAAAAAAGCUGACCCUCAAGAGGCCAUAAACUGUCUGAUUAGGGCAAUCGAGAUUUACACAGAUAUGGGUCGUUUCACAAUUGCAGCAAAGCAUCAUGUGACCAUUGCAGAGAUCUAUGAAACAGAGCUUGUUGACAUUGAUAAGGCUAUGGCUCACUAUGAGCAAGCAGCUGAUUACUACAAAGGAGAGGAAUCCACAAGCUCAGCCAAUAAGUGUCUGCUUAAAGUUGCCACCUAUUCAGCUCAGCUGGAGCAGUAUCCAAAAGCUAUUGAGAUAUAUGAACAGGUUGGAACACAAGCAAUGGAUAGCACGCUUUUAAAAUACAGUGCUAAGGAUUAUUUCUUUAAGGCAGCUCUUUGCCACUUCUGUGUUGAUAUGCUUAAUGCAAAGCUUGCCUUGCAGAAAUAUGAGGAAAUGUUUCCUGCCUUUUCAGACUCACGAGAAUGCAAAUUGGUCAAGAAACUUUUAGAUGCAUAUGAGGAACAGAAUGUUGAUGCGUAUACUGACUCGGUGAAGGAGUUUGACGUAAUCUCACGACUGGAUCAGUGGCUCACCACUAUCUUGUUGCGCAUAAAGAAAACCAUACAAGAGGAUGAAAGUGACCUUCGUUAACAACCAUAUUUUCCCCCCAAUUUUCCUGUUAUUUUUGUUUUUCUUUAUUCUCUUUAAUGCAUUGUAGUGACUUCUUUUUUAAGUACUUCUUGGUUCCCAUUGCCUUCAUCUUCGCAGCUCAGACAUGGAUAAUGGGCUACAUACAGUAAUGAAAGAACACUAAAAAAAUAGCUUGUUUAGGCAAGCAGAGGUUUAUACAGUGCCUUAGAACUAAAACCAACUGCCCACUUUUAUUACUAUGCACAAAAUGCCUUUUGCCCCAGUUUAUGUUUAUGAUUUUCUAGUAAUUCAACACACCUAUUUACUAGUGUUACUUGCAUCAAUGAUGCCACUAUGAAUUCACUGCAAUAACAUUUUACUGUGUAAUUCAUCAUGGCCUUCCUUGUGUGUUCUCUAGAUUACCCAGUUAUUUUUCUUUCCUUAUUUGUUUUAAAUUUUAAACAGUGAUGAACACUGAUAAACAUUACUUCUGGAAAUAAGGUUCUGAGAUUAUUACAAUUAUUACAUAUAUAUAUUUAUACAUGCAUACAUACACACACAUUUUAAAUAUGAAUUUAUAACAUAUUAAAACAUAGUUUAAUGUUCAAA